AUGUCUAUAAAUUUAAAUGAACUGAAAUAUGAAAAGAAUCGUGGAGAAUAUAGUCGAACAGAAUCAUAUGAAUGCCAAAAUCCUGCUACAAACGAGAAUGACGUAAUAAUAAAAAGUUGUGAAAAACCACAAACUCAUCAACUUGACCAGCACCAGACAAUUCGGAAGGGAAAUAAAUUGAUUUUAAUGAUUCCUCUGGAUCAAAAUUAUAAAGAAGAAAAUGUAAACGUUACUGUUGUACAACGUUCUGUAUGUAUAACCGCAAAAAACCUAAACUAUCCAACAGUAAACUUAAACUGUAAUAGGCCUGAUUCAAAACAUAUGAUUCAGAGAACUUAUUAUAAAGAGUACGAAGCAUCUGACUGCAUUCCUGACCCUGAUUCAAUUACAUUUCAUAUGGAUAAUAACUGCCUGAUCGUGAAUUUAAAUGUAAUUCAAAGGUAA